UAGGCUGUUAGCUGUAGCAUGAAGGGUGGAGUUUGAUCCAAUAGAAUUUUGGUAAACUAACAGUUCUGACAUUUGGUCAGUAACCACUUGUGAGUGAAUUCCCAUUUCAGAAUCGAUCAGAGAACAAGAAACUAGGAAACAGGAAUUCGAGAUCGACUUCUUGUUAUGUUGUCUUGCUCUUUCCGUUUUAAUCUCGUCUUAUGAAUUUCACAUUUACAGUGUCCAUGUCCAUCCCUAUGACCUUUUCCUCACUACCCUCUUCGCCAUCAAAACAUUAUCCGAGGAAGAACCAUACAGAAGAUCCGGUAAUUUGACGUUCAUUCUAACAGCUAAUUUCAACCGAAUCACAUCUUCGGCACUCCCACUCACACUCUAUUCAGUUUCUAAUUCUAUCCAACUAUACUAUGCGUUGCACACCAAUAUAGCCAUUAUUCUCAUCUAAGCUUUCCUUUUUUCAACUCCCCAACCCCAAAAUUUUCCCAACUUAAGGCCUCUGAGCUCCCAUUGAGAAUUGAGAUCCUCCAGAAUGCACGGUACGUUGUGUUGUAGACAUGCUCGUUUACUCCUAUUCUCUCCCACCACCUUGCUGGGAAGGAUAUUGCAUUCAUCGAUGACAGUGGUGGCUCAUCUUGUGUGAUCUUUUAAGAGAAUGGUUCGUGGAAGAGAUGCUUGUUGGGAACAUUGUGUCCUGGUUGAUGCUACUAAACAAAAGGUCAGAUGUAAUUAUUGUCAACGGGAAUUCAGUGGAGGUGUAUACAGGAUGAAAUUUCACUUGGCUCAAAUUAAAAACAAAGAUAUCGUUCCAUGCACCGAAGUUCCAACUGAUGUACGGGACCAUAUUCAAAGUAUAUUAAGUGCUCCCAAGAAACCAAAAACUCCCAAGAAACAGAAGACAGAUCAAGCCACUGUUGCAAAUGGUCAACAGAAUAGCUCUUCUGCUAGUGGUGGAUUCCAUCAUAACCAUGGAUAUAGUGGGCAGAAUGGUAGUGCUUGUCCAUCUUUAUUAUUUCCAAAUCCUUCACCAAGUGCCCAGCCAUUAGAACAUGAUGCCCAAAAGCAAAAGCAGGAUGACGCUGAUAGAAAACUUGCCAUAUUUUUCUUCCACAAUUCUAUUCCUUUUAGUGCUGCUAAAUCCAUCUAUUAUCAGGAGAUGGUGGAUGCUGUAGCUCAGUGUGGGGUAGGCUAUAAAGCACCAAGUUAUGAGAAAUUAAGAUCUACUCUUUUGGAAAAAGUGAAAGCUGAUAUUCACAGUGAUUACAAAAAAUACAGAGAUGAGUGGAAAGAAACUGGAUGCACAGUCUUAUGUGAUAACUGGUCUGAUGGUAGGACUGGAUCACUUGCUGUUUUUUCUGUUGCAUGCCCUAAAGGAACGUUGUUCUUGAAGUCAGUUGAUGUUUCAGGUCAUGAGAAUGAUAGUACUUAUUUGUUUGAGCUUCUGGAGUCAGUUGUGCUGGAAGUUGGCGCAGAAAAUGUUGUUCAGGUUAUAACAGAUGCUAGCGCUAGUUAUGUUUGUGCUGGAAGGCUUCUCAUAGCGAGGUAUAGUUUUUUGUUUUGGUCUCCUUGUGUCGCUUAUUGUAUUGAUAAGAUGUUAGAGGAUAUUGGUAGACAAGAUUGGGUAGGCACAGUCCUGGAAGAGGCAAAGACAAUCACACAGUACAUUUAUAGUCAUGCAUGGAUAUUGAAUAUAAUGAGAAAGUUCACAGGAGGGAAGGAAUUAAUCAGGCCAAAAAUUACUAGAUUUGUCACUAAUUUCCUUUCCUUGAAAUCUAUAGUCAUGCAAGAGGAUAAUAUAAAGCAUAUGUUUUCUCAUUCAGAAUGGUUGUCUUCCAUAUAUAGAAGACGUCCAGAUGCACAAGCCAUUAAUUCAUUGCUAUAUUCAGAUAGAUUUUGGAAGUAUGCACAUGAAGCUGUGAGUGUUUCUGAGCCACUGGUGAAAUGCCUGAGGAUGGUUGAUGGUGAUAUGCCUGCUAUGGGUUAUGUAUAUGAAGGUAUAGAGAGGGCAAAGGUUGCGAUCAAGGCAUAUUAUAAGGGAAUCGAAGAAAAAUACAUCCCUAUCUGGGAUAUAAUUGAUCGGAGAUGGAAUAUGCAAAUUCAUUCAUCAUUACAUGCUGCAGCUGCAUUUCUUAAUCCUUCAAUUUCUUACAACCCAAACUUCAAGAAAGAUUUGAGGAUGAGGAAUGGGUUUCAAGAAGCCAUGCUCAGGUUGGCAAUAACUGAUAAAGACAAAAUGAAAAUCACCAAAGAACUUCCUACUUACAUCAACGCCCAAGGUGCACUUGGGACUGACUUUGCUGUCUUGGGAAGAACACUGAAUGCCCCUGGCGACUGGUGGGCCAGUUAUGGUUAUGAAAUCCCCACACUCCAGAAAGCUGCAGUGCGAAUACUUAGCCAACCUUGUAGUUCCCUUUGGUACAGGUGGAACUGGAGCACUUUCGAGAGUAUACAUAACAGAAAACGUAACAGAGUGGAGCUGGAAAAAUUCAGCGAGUUGGUUUUUGUGCAUAGCAAUCUUUGGUUACAAACCAUUUUCAAACGUAGAGAAGCAAAAUCUGAACCUAUCAUCUUUGAUGAAAUAGAUUGUAGCUGUGAAUGGCCCUCUGAAAUAGAAUCUUCACCCCCACUUAUGGAUGAUUCGUGGUUGGACGAUUUCCCCCUUCAAUGCAGAGGAAGUCCUUAGCAUUGCGAGGUAAGGACAAAUUUAAUUAAAUCAUUUUGUAUAAUUUUGUACAUUUGGAUAAUAGUUGAAAUUUAUGUAUAGAAAUAUACAGUUAAAUCA